CAGUUACGGUAAAAAGAACGGCAUGUGGUACGCCUCACCUGGCAAUCAAGGUUGGGGCUCAAAACCGGCCAGUCGUAAGCCAUCGAUUAUGGAAGCAGAUUUGGGCACAUUGUCAACCACAUCGGGUUCAAUCAAACGCAGCGCUGGACGUGUUAUACGCAUCAUAAAUAAUUUGGAUCAUUCAGUGCAGUGUCGUGUACUGUUAAAUUUACGCACAUCACAGCCAUUCGAGGAGGUCUUAGAGGAUUUGGGUCAAGUGUUGAAAAUUAAUGGUGCAAAGAAAAUGUAUACGGGCACAGGGCAGGAGGUGCGCAGCUUUUCACAGCUACGCAAUGAGUUUGCAGACGUCGACACAUUUUAUCUAGCAACUGGCACUGCCUUAAUUGCCGGUUCGCCAAUAAGGCGUUCACGUUCGCGUCCCUCUGUUGUUGCAGCCGCACCAAUAUUACCUACAGAAGAACUGCCUAAGGUGCCUUUACGCGGUGCACGUCCGCGCAGUAAAAGCCGUCCACGCAUUCUCUAUGCGCCUGAGAGUGAGAUUUUACGUGCGAACGGUGAAUACAGCAUGUUGGAUAUUAUGAAAGAGGAGCCCACCAAAGUGACUAUACGUGGUUUGCGGCGUACAUUCUAUCCACCAUUACAUCAUGCACCUGCGGAUAAUACGCCGCCUGAUAAAAAAUUACAACUACAGUGGGUUCACGGCUAUCGUGGUAUUGAUGCACGUCGUAAUCUCUGGGUUUUGCCAUCGGGUGAGCUUUUGUAUUAUGUAGCUGCUGUAGCAGUAUUAUUGGAUCGUGAAGAAGACGCACAGCGACACUAUACGGGACACACAGAGGAUAUUAUGUGCAUGGAUGUGCAUCCAUCGCGCGAACUUGUCGCUUCGGGUCAAAAGGCGGGACGUGAUCGUAAAUCACAAGCACACGUACGCAUUUGGAGCACCGAGUCACUGCAGACACUUUAUGUCUUUGGCAUGGGCGAGUUGGAUAGUGGCGUGACCGCAGUGGCCUUUUCACAGCUGAAUGGCGGAAGUUAUAUUUUAGCUGUAGAUAGCGGGCGUGAGAGCAUACUCUCUGUUUGGCAAUGGCAGUGGGGUCAUCUGCUCGGCAAAGUGGCAACGCUGCAGGAGGGUCUCUCUGGCGCCGCUUUUCAUCCACUCGACGAUAAUCUUAUUAUAACACAUGGGCGUGGCCAUCUGGCUUUCUGGCAUCGCCGUAAAGAUGGCUUUUUCGAACGCACCGAUAUUGUUAAGCAACCAUCACGUUCGCAUGUCACCAGCGUGCAGUUCGAACCGGAUGGCGAUGUUAUCACUGCCGACUCUGAUGGUUUCAUCACUAUUUAUUCGGUUGACUCGGAUGGCGCAUACUUUGUGCGCACCGAAUUUGAAGCACACACCAAGGGCAUUGGUUGUCUCAUAAUGCUGGGUGAGGGCACAUUGUUGUCGGGUGGUGAGAAGGAUCGUAAAAUUGCUGCCUGGGAUUCAUUACAAAAUUAUAAAAAAAUCGCUGAUACAAAACUUCCUGAGGCCGCUGGCGGCGUACGCACCAUUUAUCCACAACGUCCCGGACGCAACGAUGGCAAUAUUUAUGUUGGCACCACACGCAAUAACAUUCUGGAGGGUUCACUACAGCGUCGCUUCACACAAGUCGUUUUCGGUCAUGGUCGUCAGCUGUGGGGUUUAGCUGCUCAUCCCGAAGAUGAGGUGUUCGCCACUGCCGGUCAUGAUAAACAUAUAGCGCUUUGGCGUAAAAACAAAUUAAUUUGGACCAUACAAACUGGUUAUGAGUGCGUUUCACUAGCUUUUCAUCCAUUUGGCACUGCAUUGGCUGCUGGCAGCACUGAGGGUCAUUUGCUUGUCAUCAAUUGUGAAAACGGUUCGGUUAUGUUGACAUUACGUGUCUGCGGCUCGCCACUAAAUUGUGUGGCUUUUAAUCAAGUUGGCGAUAUGAUUGCGAUGGGCUCACAAAAUGGCAGUAUUUACUUGUUUCGUGUAUCGCGUGAUGGUUUCUCCUAUAAGAAGGUGAAUAAAAUACGCGGCUCACAACCACUUACACACUUGGACUGGAGUAUGGAUGGUAAUUUCGUGCAAACCGUUACGAUAGAUUUCGAUCUUCUCUUCUGGGAUGCUAAGUCACUAUCGCCCGAACGUAGUCCCAUAGCUAUGAAGGAUGUCAAAUGGUUGACUAGUAAUUGCACGGUUGGCUUCUUGGUGGCGGGCAUGUGGAGUAAUCGUUAUUACAGUAACAACAAUACAAUUAUAGCAACAUGUAGUCGUUCAACGGCACAGGAUAUGCUUGUGUCGGGCGAUGCUGAUGGCUAUUUGCGUGUUUUCAGGUGUGUGGCAGGCAUAUGCAAACUCUUUAACUUCACUACUUUCUAUUUUAUUAAAAUAAUUUAUUUUAUUCCGUACAGAUAUCCUUGCAUUAGUCCGCGCGCCGAAUUUCACGAAGCGAAAGUUUAUUCCGGCAUGUUGGCGUGUGCACGUUUCCUUUAUGGCGAUCAGACUGUUGUCACAGUGGGCGGCACAGACGCCUCACUGAUGGUGUGGGAUCUUGUAGAGGAAUAGCUGCAAUGGCCACCGUGGCGUACGACUGUCCAACAGUAUGAUGAAGCACGCGGCUACACCGACUAUUGGACGCGACGGCGAUCGUCGAAUAAGUCUUCGACAAUUUUAGACAGCGACUCAAUUGAUUAUCAAUGAAUGAUUUUUUUUUUUUGUUUUUUUUUUUUUGUAAAAUGGCGGUGCUUAGUCGCCGCCAAUCGUUGUUGCUGUCACAUUGACAUUUUUCGCCCUUCCUAGCGUUGGUGUUGAACGAAGUGCCUUUUUGCUGUGCCUUGGACGCAGCUCCUUCCGCCUUAAACGAAAAUUUGCAUAUCAACGAAAUUGAACAAUUUGGUUAAAACAA